AUGGAUUCUGUGUUUUGGUUCGUAUACGUUAGUGAACAGAAGGAGUUAGAAUUUGCGGUUUUAUGGCUUUAACUUAAUAUUUAACCCUUCGCAAAAGCUUCUAAUAGAUCACCAGGUAAGACUGUAAACCACUCACCUAAAAGCUAACAAUCUUCUGUUCGCGAGACGGGAGAGUGUCUGGAAUUGCAGAUUUAGCCUGUGAGCUAACAUCAACAGCAUCAGGUUGACCCAUGUCCUCUGAGGAAACUCUCGACUCCGUUCUCUCACACUGGCUUUUCUUUAACACCUGGUGGCUUCUCCUGCCUUUUAUUAUGCUGCUUGUAGUGGCUGCUUUUAUUGUGGCAUUCGUUCUGCUGUUGUACAUGAUAUCACCGUUAAUAAGCCCCAAGCCUCUCAAACUCAACGGUGCCCAUGUGGUGGUAACUGGAGGCAGCAGCGGGAUUGGGAAGUGUAUUGCCAUGGAAUGUUACAAACAUGGUGCCUUCAUCACCUUGGUGGCACGAGAUGAGCACAAAUUGGUUCAGGCUAAGAAAGAAGUGGAGAAGUUUGCCAUAAAUGAUAAGCAAGUGGUUCUUUGCAUUUCUGUUGAUGUGGCGAAAGACUACAGCCAAGUGGAGAGUGUCAUAAAACAAGCUCAAGAGAAGCUGGGUCCUGUGGACAUGCUGGUGAAUUGUGCCGGGACAUCAUUAUCUGGGAAGUUUGAGGAAGUGGAAGUUGACCAUUUCAAGAAAAUGAUGGAGGUGAAUUAUCUGGGCAGUGUUUACCCCACCCGUGCAGUGAUCACCACUAUGAAAGAAAGGCGGAUGGGUCGCAUCAUGUUUGUGUCAUCACAGGCAGGGCAGAUCGGCCUCUUUGGCUACACGGCCUACUCACCCUCCAAAUUUGCCUUGCGUGGUCUGGCUGAGGCCUUGCAGAUGGAAAUGAAACCCUAUAAUAUCUAUGUUACUGUGGCAUAUCCUCCAGACACAGAUACACCAGGUUUUGCAGAAGAGAAUAAAACUAAACCUCUGGAAACCAAGUUAAUUUCAGAGACAUCUGGUGUCUCUCAACCGGAGCAAGUGGCAAAAAUUGUGGUGAAAGAUGCGGUGCAGGGAAAUUUCACUAGCUCAUUUGGUCCUGAUGGGUACAUGCUGUCAGCACUGACCUGUGGGAUGUCGCCUGUUACCUCCAUUACUGAAGGGCUGCAGCAGAUUGUGACCAUGGGCCUGUUCCGUACCAUUGCUCUCUUCUAUCUGGGCAGCUUUGACAGCAUCGUCCGCCGUUGUAUGAUCCAGCGAGAACAGUGCAAAGCAGCUGACAAGAGGGAGUAGCACCAGCAUUCCCCCCACCCAUCCACCUCUAUUGCCAACACUACAUUUACACACAUGCCUCCACACACCACCUGCAAGACAUUUUUCAGUGGGUUUACAAUGUCAUGCACUUCAGCGACAAAGUUUCUGCUAUUUUUUUCCAGUAUAUUUUUCAUGAUGUGUAUUUCAGGAUCCUCAUAAUUUUCAUCAGUAUUUCAAGCUCCUUAAGACAUAUUUACUCUUUAGCUCUCACUGCCUUAUGUGCAUUCUCGUAUUUCAAAAUCUGUGUUGUUCUCAAGCGUGCAUCCACAAAUGCUUCUUGCUUCAACCUGUUGGCACAAUUUAAUUUCAAAACUAGAUGUAAUUUCAAUUAGCAGUUAUUUAUAUUAAUGCCAUAAAGCUUGGAAUCCUCUCUAUUUGUCAAGAAUUCCAAAUUCCCUUACGUUCCAUUGAGGUGAAGAGCUGUGAUGUGAUGUUUGUAGCCUAGCACUGUAUCUCCCUGCUUUUAGACUUCCUAGUUUUAAGGUAUGGACACAGAAAAUCGGUGUGUGUGUGUGUUUGUCUUGUUUUGUGUGUAUAUUGUUUAGUUUUUUUAUUUUUUGGAUGAAACUGCCUGAGUCUGCCACUUUGCCUUAUCUCUUUGCUCUGGCUGAGGAUUUCGGAAGGAAAUGUUUACCUUGUAAAUGCGUGUGUGUGAGUGUAAUUCUAUUGUCUGCUUGUACGCAUGAGUUUAGGUGACCUCAGGGUCUUGUAGAGUUCACUGAACUGAAAGAUGGGUCUGGAUAAGCCAAUGUGGUUUUGAUGGCUCGCUGGUCGAGUCACUGCACCUGUCUGCCAACAGAUGGACCUGGAGAUCCAAGCAGCUCAUGUUUGAAUAAUCAUAGUUAGACCUGAGUGGUUUAAUGUCCACAACCCCAGAGCUCUGUUAUUAAAGAAUGCAUUGAUUGUU